AUGUCUUUUGAACACAACGCGUCUUUGGGACUUAGAGGCAGCGGGGGUAAACAUUUCUCCCGCUGUCCCCCAUACAUGCAUUCUGGGCGCGGGGCGUCUCCACCAAAGCGUCUGCCCUCGCGACGUGCCACAAGUCAUGGGGAGACGGGACCGAAAGUGCCAGCGCACCGUGCCUAUGGUAGCGACAGCCGCUCGCCGCUUUCGACUCGCUUCCGCGUGCCGCCAAUAUCGCCGUUCACACCACCAUCGCAGCUGCAGCAACAGGAACAGAAACUGCUAGAGGCAGAGGAACCGCAAGGAAAAAAUGACUGGAGCGGCAGUCAAGAGCUGUUGGGUAAGAGCGGCCUUUCUCCACUGCCAAAACUUCCAAAUCACGCGGCUCCCGCCCAAUCACGGCAGCUGGGGGAAUUCUUAGCGGAGCCUGAUGGAGAGCACGGUCCAAAUUGUCACUCUUACCGUGCCGAUGACGAUGAUAAAAGGGAUUUGAGCCCUGCAAAACUUGUCGAGAUCUCCAUCUCCAACUCUGUGAUCGUGACGGGAGUCGUGGACGUAGCACCAUGUCGGUGGCGCCUCCGUGCGAAUCCCUCUCCUUAUCCCAUGCGACUGCACAUACGGGAAAUGGACGCAAACACGUAUCCGAUGCAUCGGCUAUUCCGCUUAAUCCAGAAAACAGUGGCGCAUGGAGAAGACGGUGGCGAAGAUAAGAAUUUGCGAAGCCAACAGCCAAUGGAAGGGUCGUUGUAUAUUUACAAAGAAGAUAAUCCUCAUUUGCAGUUUGCUUAUGGUCUUCCAAAUAUCAUUUUUCUGAGCGGAUCGAUGGUGUUGGCGGAUGUGGUGAGUGUGGAUCAACUUCCACUUCACGGUGUUGCUGUAAAAUUUAGGUGGAUUGAGGCUUUUUCUAGAAGAUACCACGUGGAUGACAACUCCUCUCCAUUAGUGGGUGAUUUGACAAAGGAUAACUCUGCUGGAUCCGCCGCACAGAAUUACGUGCCUUUUUUAAUUUACUCAUCUUCUCGAAUUUUGCAAGGACUCAGUGGGAGCGAUUAUUUACAUUGUGAAAAUAACGGAGCCAAGGGAAGCAAUUCCUCAGAAAAAUGGCGUUUCCGUAAAAACGAUUACCGCCCCCUUUUGUCGUCAGAGGAAAGAAAUGCCUCGAGCCCUUACUCCCCUCCUGUAAAUACUGUCACUAGAGAGGGAGCGUUAAACUUAUUACAUGUCUCUGUUGUUAGCCGUGCUGCGGACGCAUCACCCAUUACGUAUCUACAUACGCCAUGCACCAGGUAG